AUGUGUAAAGGAUUAGCUGCCUUGCCCCAAACCUGCCUCGUACGGGCUAAGGAGAUCAAGUCAAAAUUGGGAGUUUUGCUGCAAAAACCAGAAAAUGCAAUCGAUCUCAUUGUUCCUUAUCCGGAGAAAACGGAGAAGAAGCCAGAGAAGUUGCAGAAACCUUCAAGAGAGGAAGCUGCUCAGUGGCGUGAGAGUCUGGACCGUGUUCUGAACAACAGCUAUGGUCUUGCUACUUUCCGUAGCUUCCUGCAGUCUGAGUUCAGUGAUGAGAAUAUUGAGUUCUGGAUGGCCUGUGAGGAUUUCAAGAAGAUCAAGAACCCAGUGAAGAUGGCCGCCAAGGCAAAAAUGAUUUAUGAAGACUACAUUCAGUCUGAGGGACCAAAAGAGGUCAAUAUUGAUCAUUUUACCAAAGACGUGACUCUGAGGAAUUUGGUGGAUCUUUCUCCUGAAACCUUCGAUCUGGCUCAAAAGCGGAUCCACGCCUUGAUGGAAAAAGACUCCUUUGGCCGUUUCCUGAGGUCUGAGCAGUACCAGGAGCUUUUGGUCAACUAA